AUGAAUCCGCAGGAGACAAACAUUCAUUCAUCGUAUCCAUACACCGUUAUUGUCAAUAGCGGGAACCAGAUCGUGUACAUUGCUCUUCCUAAAGGAGCGACAUGGGGUGAGGCUCUCCGGACAUUUCUGACCAUGACGAAUCGGAAUUCUCAGCCAAUCAGCUUUGUGCCUAACCUCGCCUCAUUGAAGAGUGAUACUCUCAAGCUCUACAAAGAUAGUGAGGUGAUUGAUUGGUCAAACGAUUCUACUCAUAACGUCAUGGCGGUUGAAGUUGAUCACAACACCAACUUUCCUGAAGUCCCCACGAUGAUUCCAUCCCGUGAGAUGCAUGGUCGGGUCUCUGGGCCUAUGCCGAUUGCGGUAAAUGAGUACCUACAAGUUAUGCAACCCAAGCCGCGCCAGGAAAUGUAG